GCUGUGGAUGCAUUGUUGAAGCUUGUCAAAGAUGUUGAGAACGGGAAUCGCGAUAAUGGUACAGCUGUGCAGGAGGAGGAGCAAGAGUUGACCCUGGCUGAGAAAAUGAAAGAGAAAUGCAAGAAAAUUGAUGGAUUUGUUUGGCAAGUCAGACGGAAGAAGGUGAUGGAAGAUGCAAAAAAUCGUUUGGCAAAGUAUGAAAUUGGCAAGCGACGAUCCGACGGAGGGGCGGGAAAGGUGCUCAUGCUCGUCGGUGCCACAGGAGCAGGGAAGAGUACUCUCAUCAACGGGAUGGUGAAUUAUGUGUAUGGAGUAAAGUAUGAAGACAAUUUCCGCCUGAAGUUGAUUGUGAAUGAAGUUAACUCCCGACCUCACAUGCAGACGAUGUGGAUCACAGCAUACGUCCUACACAAGCAGCAUGGAUUCGCAUUUCCUCAUACCUUGACGAUCAUUGAUACCCCAGGAUUUGGAGAUACUGAAGGCAUCAAAGCAGAUGAGGAACUGAAGAAUCAGAUAAGGGAGUUCUUCUCCAAUGGGGGCAACAUCGGUGUGGAUCAGCUUGAUGGAAUCUGUUUUGUUGUCCAGGCUUCCUUAGCUAGACUGACACCCACACAAAAGUACAUCUUUGAUUCCAUAUUGUCGGUGUUUGGAAGAGAUGUUGAAGAUAACAUUUACGUGCUGACCACAUUUUCGGACAGCAAACAGCCAUAUGUCCUGGAAGUUAUCAAACAAGCAGAAAUCCCCUACCAAAACCUUUUCAAGUUCAAUAAUUCUGCUCUUUACACUCGUAAUGAUGAGGAUGGAGAUGAUUUCGACAGGGGCUACUGGGAAAUGGGCACCAAAAGCUUUCUAAGAUUCUUCAAAAGGUUUUUGAAGUCGAAACCGGUUAGCCUGACUCUGACAAAGGAAGUGCUGAAGGAACGGCGACGCUUGCAAACUGCUCUUCAGGGCAUUCAACCGAAAAUAAUUGAUGCUUUAGGGAUGCUGGAACAGCUUAGACAAGAACAUGCAGCAUUGAAACAGCACGAAGCAGAGUUGGGAACAGAGGGGAGGAGGUUGAACGCUCAAGGUGUGGUGAAGGCCCUCAUCAAUGAUUUCAACCGGGAACGAGUCAAAAUUCUGGACUUGACGAAGCAAGCGCAUGCAUGUUUGCAGAAACUCGAUGAAAUAGCAUUGAAACCCGAUCCCUUGGGCUUUACCGAUUACCUUGACCUCUUGAUUGAAACCGAGAGAAGGGAGGGAAAGAUAGGCCACGUCCAGAGAAUAAAAAAGCAUGGAACUGUCAAAUUUGUAUUUUCGUCCGAUGACUUCAAGAGGGACCUAAAGCAGGAGCAAUCACUCGUCAUCUUACAGGCAGCUUCUGGGGACAAAUCUCCUUCAUGUGCAACUGUCUUUCGUUCGCUUGCUGAGUUCAAGAGUUGGAGAAUGAGCUUUGAAGAUAAGCCCCGCUCAGGACGGUUGCCAACAGAAGUCACCGCGGUCAACAUCCCCACUGUGGAGAAGCUAUUCCAAGUUGAUGCCCGAGUUCGAAGAGGAGAAGAAAAGGCAGCAGAGGAUGAUGACUGCUAUGAUGAACUGGAAAAUAUAAGGAAGCGAUACGUAGCAUUCGAGUUACAUCUGUUGUUAUUAACCCUUUCAGGACCAUAAGCAUUGUGGGACAGCGACCUUAACUUUAAUGACGUGUUUAGGGUGAAAAUGACGUG